UAAGGGCUGAACUGAGAAACUGUCAAUGGUCAACAGUUUUAACAAAGUCAACCACACCCAAAGGAUAUUUCAGUACACUUCUAAAGCUUCUUAUUACGUGGCUUAGACGAUUUGAUAGCGCCAUCAAAGGACUAAGACCCUAUAAAUAUUUUCCUCCGAGCCUUCAUUUAUCACUUUCCGACAACUGCCGUAGCACCCGACUUACAUCACCACCUUAAAUUUUUAUCCAAUGGCUCCGAUUGCUGUCGGCGACUCACUCCCGGACGGUAGUCUCUCCUACUUCGACGCAGAGGAUAAGCUCCAGCAGGUCUCCAUCCACUCCCUCGCUGCCGGUAAACAGGUUAUCCUUUUUGGCGUUCCCGGUGCCUUUACCCCUACUUGCAGCUUGAAACAUGUGCCUGGAUUCAUCGAGAAAGCUGCAGAGUUCAAAUCCAAGGGUAUUAAUGAGAUUAUCUGCAUCAGCGUGAAUGAUCCCUUCGUGAUGAAGGCAUGGGCCAAAACUUACCCGGAGAACAAGGAUGUUAAGUUCCUGGCGGAUGGUUCGGCAACAUACACCCAUACUCUGGGCCUUCAACUUGACCUAAGCGAGAAAGGGCUGGGCACUCGUUCCAAGAGGUUCGCUCUCUUGGUUGACAACCUCAAGGUGAAAGCUGCGAAUAUUGAACAAGGAGGAGAAUUUACCGUCUCUAGUGCCGAUGACAUCCUUAAAGCAAUGCUUUAGAAUUGCUUUUAUCUACGGAGGUCAUCUUGUUUUAACCUCGGAAUUGCCGGCCAUCUUCGUAAACUCUCCUUUUGGUCUUUAAUCUUUGUAGUUUAUACAAUAUGGAUUUGUUUUAUGUAGUAGCACUUGAUGGUUAUGGCAAUAACAGGUACCUUUUCAUGCA